AUGGACGUCUUAGUGGAGGACACGGACAAACUGUUUCCUGAAGUCUUUGCGCAUCUCGCUGUGGUCGAAGCACAGCCCGAAUUGCCACUUGAUGAAGAACUUCUGAAACGUGCCGAAAGAAAUCUUACUCCUACUUCGCCAAAGGAUCUACUUUGGCGGGUGUUAGGGACCGGCGAAGAGCUGUUGCAGACUCUCCAACAAGAUCCUCGACCACUUACUCGACUAUUAGAGCAAGUCAUCUCACUACUGCCCUUUGACGAAUUGAGAUCCGUGAUAUCUGCAGAGAAGCUCCAAGAAGGCCUAACUUCGCCCGUUAUUUCGAUACAGUUACUUUGCCUUGCAUAUCUGCGGAAGGCUGCGGACUCACCCAGCGGGGCUUCAUUCGUUGCGACGAGUUCUAGCCUUGUUCAAUGUCAAUUCACGAUCUGGUUGUCGUCGGAAAGUACGGAGGUUGCAGAACGCUCACUGGAAGUGAUCGAAGCGCUACUUGCCGUUGACAGCCAAAAUAGCACGACGGUACUAUCUGCCGGCCGUAGCUUUGCUGAAGCACAAGGGCAAGGCUUACUUUGGCGCAGAGUAUUCCACGAUCCUGAUGUGUACACAAUCCUCUUUGAAUGGACCUCAAUGUCGAAAUCGAAACGAGACGUGAAAACCAAGAAGGGCAUGCAGCUUGUGACAAUCUCCCAGGCACGCUUAUUCGACUUCAUCGUCAGAGUGGCUCCUUAUGACUGGAGUGCAGUAACGACUUCUUCAUCGCGUCAUAUCGAGACUCAGUUCUUGAGAGAGAAUGUUGGCAGUGAGCCAUACGGUGGCAUCUUGCGAUACGCUGCUUCACACAUGAUUGAUAACAAAGAUAUCCUGAUGGAGGUCCUGCGGCAAGAUUUCUUCGUCAAGUUACUCGGCGUGGUUGAAGAGAGCAACAGACAGAAUGUCUCUCCCCAGCUACUUGAGGCAAUCCAGCAAGGCGCCGGCAGCCUCCACCUUUAA